CUCAAAUAACUUGGAUAAUUAGAAACUUUAAAUGGGAAGUUGAAACUUGAAACACAGUUAAAAAAACUGCACUCAAAACAAACAGUGAAAUCUAUAUCCAAGACUGCAGCAAGCAACCCAGCAGAAGUAAAAACCUUCCAUGGAUUCAUUAGCAGAAGGAUUAUGGGGAUUAGCAGACUAUCAUGAGCAGAAAGGAGAAUUGGCUAAGGCAAUUAAAUGUCUAGAAGCAAUUUGCCAAAGCACAGUUUCUUUCCUUCCAAUCAUCGAAGUCAAAACUCGUCUUCGAAUCGCCACUCUUUUGUUGCGUCACUCUCAUAAUGUUAACCAUGCCAAAGCUCACCUUGAACGUUCUCAACUGUUAUUAAAAUCAAUUCCGUCAUGUUUCGAAUUGAAAUGUAGAGCAUACAGUUUACUUAGUCAAUGUUAUCAUCUUGUUGGGGCUAUUCCUUCUCAGAAGCAGAUUUUGAACAAGGGUUUGGACCUAACUAAAUCUCUUGGUGAUGGUUUUGCAGCAAAGUUGUGGUACUGCAAUUUUAGUUCACAGCUUUCAACAGCUUUGAUAAUUGAAGGGGAUUAUCAGAAUUCUCUUGUUACUCUUGAACAUGGGUAUAAUUGUGCUGCUGAAGUAUGUUAUCCAGAAUUGCAGAUGUUUUUCGCAACCUCGAUGCUCCAUGUCCACCUUAUGCAGUGGGAUGAUGAGAAUUUGGUAGAACACGCUAUUGCAAAAUGCGAUAGGGUGUGGGAGUCGUUUGAGCCGAGUAAGAGACAACAAUGUCUGGGUUUGCUCUUUUACAAUGAGCUGCUGCACAUUUUUUAUCGGUUUCGUAUAUGCGACUACAAGAAUAUUUCCCCACACAUUGACAAGCUUGAUGCUGCUAUGAAGGCUGACAUGAAACAAAUGGAUCGUAGCUCGCGCCGUCGCCCUCCUGGCUAUAACAAUUCUGCAAGUGUUGAAUAUGACAGGAAGUCAUCUGCUGACAAGAUUGAGCUGGCACCUUAUCCCAUUGAUGGGGAGUGGCUACCUAAGAGUGCAGUUUAUGCAUUGGUAGACCUUAUGUUCGUAAUUUUUGGGCGCCCAAAAGGACAUUUUAAGGAGUGUCUCAAACGGAUUCAAUCUGGAAUUCAAGUUAUCCUUGCGGAAUUAUCAAAGCUGGGAAUCACUGAUGGCGUAACAGAAGUACAUCUGCAGCACUCUUCCAUCUGGAUGGCUGGUGUCUAUCUGAUGUUGUUGAUGCAGUUCCUUGAAAACAAGGUUGCAGUGGAUCUUACACGAGCUGAUUUUGUUGAAGCGCAAGAGGCGUUAGUGCAGAUGAGAAAUUGGUACAUCCGUUUUCCUACUAUCUUACAGGCCUGCGAGAGCAUCAUUGAGAUGCUAAGAGGACAAUAUGCUCAUUCAGUUUGCUGUUUCAAUGAGGCAUCUUUUCAUUUCCUUGAAGCUGCAAAGCUGACAGAGAGCAAGUCAGUCCAAGCUAUGUGUCAAGUCUAUGCUGCUGUCUCUUACAUAUGUGUUGGUGAUGCAGAAUCAUCUUCACGAGCUCUUGAUUUGAUAGGGCCUAUUUAUAGGGUGAUGGAUUCAUUCAUUGGAGUACGAGAAAAAACAAGUGUUCUUUUCGGUUAUGGUCUUCUGUUAACUAAGCAGAACAACCUUCAGGAAGCUAGGAUUCGUCUGGCUACUGGAUUGCAAUUAACACACAGUCAUCUUGGAAAUCUUCAAUUAGUUUCACAGUAUCUAACAAUUCUAGGGAGUUUGGCACUUGCUCUUCGUGAUGCUUCUCAAGCUCGAGAAAUUUUGAGAUCUGCCUUGACAUUGGCAAAGAAACUUAAUGAUGUCCCAACUCAGAUCUGGGUACUAUCGGUUUUGUCAGCAUUGUAUCAGGAAUUAGGAGAGGUGGGAAAUGAAACGGAGAACUCCGAUUACCAAAAAAAGAAGAUAGAUGAUUUACAAAAAAGAGUUGCAGAUGCCUAUGCAUCCAUUCACCAUCUUGAACUAAUUAACAAAGAUAAAAUUCAAGUUCAACAGCUGCAUGAAUCAGAUACCAAACGUUCUAUGGCAUCCAUGAAGGUCAAUCUUGAUAUUCCAGAAUCUAUCGGUCUGACAGCAUCAACGCCUGUGACUUCAUCCUCAAGGCUUGUUGAUCUAGAUACUGGAAGACGGGGAAAGAGGAAAAUUUAGCUGGAGAAUGUACGUAUGUAUGUAUUAUUAUGUUAUCUAUCCUUGUAUAUAAUAUUAUAUGGCAUGUUCUUGGCUGCCAAAUCAAAGGCAUCUAACGUCCACGUGGAAUCAGGACGGCCUAUUUUUUGGAAGCAAUGUAAGUUAAUCUUAAUUGUGAUUAGAGGUGUUCAUUUGGAUGUUCA